AUGAUGGUGAGUUUAGGGGAAUUGCACAUCAGAGGGUACUCAAACCAGGGAGAUGAUCGCUCAUACACCUUCUUGUACCUUGGAAGCUACUGGGGGGAAUCUAUUUAUGUUCAGACUUCAGAGUGGUGGGGAGGGGGAAAAAUUGAAGUUAGGGUUGGGUCAGUGUGGUUCUGGUCUGGGAAGGGUUUGGGCAAUGCUUUUUCUGAUGAACAGGAGUCAGUGGGGAGGGCUGGGGGCUAUCUGAUCAGAUGGUUACUGCAGAUAGCUGGGAAGUUCCAAUUCAGUCCCUGUGGGCGUCGCGCAAGGAGGUUACUGUGA